UAGCAACAAACAUUUUAUGUUCGUCGACGAUUUCAGUUUGCCUGUCACAUAAGAGUGUCGAGGGUCCUUUGCCAUAAUUCCACCUUUAGUGCGUCGAAUUCGCUCAGGAAUGUCCCGGCAACUGUACUCGAGGUCGCACCUGGAUACUACACCACCAAAAUACAAUGGCCCGCUCCAUCCUCUUGACAAGGCUGUGUUCCAAAAAUCUAUCCCAGUUCUUGCCGCACGGGUUCCCGCUUCUCAAAUCGCUUUGAUUUUACAUUCGGAAGUGACGCGAAAAUAUCUCAUAGGUUUGCCGAAAGUGAGGCCGGUAGUGAGCGAUCCCUCUGCACCAGAGGGUGACAGACUGGUACUUUUGGGCGUGUCUGAUCAAGCUCAAUUAUCUCAAGAAUCAUUGGAACUAUUAGAAAGCAAAGGCAACGGGUUCACGGAGUAUAAUCUGGUUUUGGAUUAUGAUUACUGGACAGCGAGCGAAUUACUUCAGGCCAUACUCCCUGAAGAGCUCCGUGAAGGAGCCCCCGUAGGCUUUGCAGCUACCGGUCACAUUGCACACGUAAAUCUGAACGACGAUUAUCUUUCCUACAAAAAGACCAUUGGCCAACUCUUCCUUGAUAAAAACAAAACCAUCAGAACCGUCGUCAACAAGUUGGAUAAUAUCGACACGCAGUUCCGUUUUUUUCAGAUGGAGGUGAUUGCAGGAGAACCUGAUUUCAUUGUAGAACAUCAUGAAUCCGAUUGUCGCUUUACCUUCGAUUUUUCUCGCGUGUAUUGGAACUCUCGUCUUCAUACCGAGCACGACCGCAUCGUGCAAUCAGUCCACCCUGGUGAAGUCCUUGUGGAUGUCUUUGCUGGCGUAGGGCCAUUCGCCAUUCCUGCCGGUAAGAAGGGAUGCGCGGUGAUGGCAAAUGAUUUGAAUCCUGCUAGCUAUAUGUAUCUGUGCCAAAACAUCAAGGAUAAUGAGGUUUCUGACGAAGUGAGGGCAUUUUGCGAGGACGGUCGAGAUUUCAUCCGCAAUGUGUUCGCGAGAGUCUAUGACACACCGUUUCCUGCCUACAUGGGGCCCAAGUUGAGCAAGACAGCACUGCGGAAACUUCAAAAACAAGCAACGCGCGACAAGCCUAGCAGCGUUAGCACACCAUCAGAGGCCAAUCUCCUUAGAAAUAAGAUAGAUCAUUUCGUGAUGAAUUUGCCCGAUACUGCAAUAAUGUUUCUGGAUGCCUUUCGGGGCGUACUCUCAACUAAAGCACUCCAAGAAGUAUACUCAACGAUGCCCACGAUUCAUUGCCAUUGUUUUACGAGAGAACUGGAGCCGGAACAAGCUGAGAUCGAUAUUAAACAGCGGGUAGAAGAAAAGUUGGGUGGACUAAUCGAUGCCGAAAUUAGAAAAGUUCGUUCAGUGGCCCCUGGAAAAGAGAUGUAUUGUAUCAGCUUCAGACUUCCGUUCGAAGUAGCGUGUAAUGCUCAGGAUUGAGCAAGUUUUGAGCGCGAAUUUAGCCAGGGUAGCCCAGGGGUAGCCUACUUACCGUACUUCCGAUGUUCUCCGCAUUAAAUGCGCAUCGGAAGCUGACGUAAUACAUCACACACA